GGAUCUGCUCUGUCCUUCCUCUCUUGUCCGCCGGCUGCUCCUGCUUUAUGGGGGCGAAUUGCUUUGAAUUUUCGAUCCGUGAGUUUCUCCCUUGCACUGCCGCCGGCUUCUUCCCCAUGCUAGGUCCGGUUUCUACAGCUGGAGAAUUGUGGAGUGGAGUUACUGUUCACGUCGGGGUCACUGUUCACUGGCACUGUUCACAGGUUACUGUUCACACCCCGAAGGCCAACUAUUAACGGGGAUUUAAGUGAUUAGUUUGUGAUAUAAGAACGAAUUUGGAGAUAUUUGAUCAUGUGGAGAUUGAUAGGAAUAGCAUCGGGAUUAAGAGUGAUCCUAAUGAUGAUUUCAGUUUGAAUUUGUGGUGAUACAAUAAUUAAUUGUGGAUAUU